AUGGAUUCCUGGGAGAAUUCGCCGCCGCCUAUCGCCCCUUCACCAUCGCUCGCUCAAAAACAACCCAGACUGGAUUACAGGACGGGUACGUGCAAAGUAUACGGGGAAGUCUUCACCUACAAAGGAGCAUUGGAUGCACAUUACCAACAACAUCAUGGAUCAACGGCAGCCGAACCGCUCUACUUUACCCAGGAAGGUGAAGGUCUGGACAACCGACUUCGCCUUUCUAACACUAUAUUAAAUACCGUACGAGUUUAUACCUUGGACACUGCCAGCCACACUUACACCGACGUAGCCAAUGUGUUUAGGCUAAUCGUUCGUGAACUAGGAUCCAUCGUGCAGGCAGAGUUAGAUGAACACAAGUGUGUGAAGAUAGCUACCGAGAUGCACGCCCACUUUCACCGACCAUAUUUAGCAGCAGAUGUAGUAGAUUUUGAGGAGAUUGAGCAGCAACGAACACAUGAGGAAGUGUGUGGAUUCAAGAAGAAAUGGGGUGCCCACAGUUGUAGAUACGAUGAAAAAGUCGAAGAAUACAAAAAAGUAUUAAAGGAGAAAAAACUAAACUUUGAUGGUCUUGUCUUUCCAAUGACGUUAAGCCAAUUUCCUAAAUUUGAAGAACAAAACCCUGGGAUUGCUCUAAGUGUCUUCGGAUCCGAUGCAGCUAGAUCAGAAUAUUUCAAAUAUCGCGAUAAGCCACUUUGUGCCUUGACUAGGCUUCAACAAAAGUCAGUGCACCGCGCCAUCAGAAAUUCUACAUUUCCACUGUACAUGUCUCAGAGAAUAGCGGAAUUUGAACUCAAAGACAGAAUCCAGAAGAGUAACGAAUCCAAAACCGACGUGCCCGAAGAACCCUACUACUUUUUCAACCAGUAUCAUCGUAUGGUGCGCACUCCCUAUCGCUAUUACGGAGAUUUCGAGGCCUUUGUCAAACCAAAGACAAGAAAACGGAACGCUAACGGACUAGAAGUGGAAGAAUCAAAUCAUAUUCCGUGCGGCUACGCUUGGGUGUGUGUUGAUUGGCAAGGAAAGGCAGUUAAGUGGAGUGUCUACCGUACGGAUGACGAAGAAGAAAAUGUUGCCAAGAGAUUUUUUGAUGAAAUACUACAAGACCACAAGUUACGACGAGACGUCAUACAACUACUUCAGCAACAAAGUUCUAAAUCCAUGAUUAUCAAUCCUCAACUGAGAGAUAGUCUUACGAAACAAAUCCGUGAAGACCCAACUAAACUUGAUCCAUGUUACUUUUGUGGAGAAAAGUUUAAGAAACUAAGCCAAGAAGAAAUGUCCAAGGAGUUUAAAGACAGACCAAACAUGGCUGUAUGCCACCAUGAUCACUGUUCGGGAAAGUUCGUUGCCCUUGCUCACAAUCGGUGCAACUUGGAGGCAUCAAUCAGCACGAUAUCUCCAUGUUUCAUUCACAAUCUCAAGUCUUACGAUUCCCACUUCCUUGUGCAAGCAUUCGACGAGACGAUGGAGGCGACAAUAAUACCGUGUUCUUCAGAAAAGUUUAUGUCGUUUACAGUGAAUAAACAAAUUAGAUUUUGUGACUCGUUUUCAUUCUUGAGUUCCUCGUUAGAAAAUCUUACAAACACUUUAAAGAAGAACAACACGGAUGAUUUCAAACUUACCAAGGAGAUUUUCUGCAAAGCAGAAAAUAUAUUGAAACUGUACAAUCGAGAUGGAACUGAUCAAGAAAUUCAAGAGUUGGGGCGACAAAUCAAUGUAGACUUGAUGCUACAGAAAGGUGCCUAUCCAUAUACACAUAUGCAAUCGCCUGCGAAUUUUGAAGAGAACCAACUUCCGCCAAUCAAGGAGUUUUACAACGAUCUGAAUGACCAGCCACUUGAUCAGAAAGUAUAUGAUCAUGCUAAACAAGUCUGUGAGAGUUUCGACGUGCAAAAUCUUGGUGAUUGGCAUAAUUUGUACGUACUUCUGGACGUGACGUUGCUAGCUGAUUGUAUGGAGAGGAGCAGAGAAAUUCUCUGGGACUCUUACAACUUGGACUUGGCUAACUAUUUUAGUCUGCCAAUGAUCGCGUAUGACGCAUGCUGCAAGAUGGGGAAAGCCAAGCUGGACUAUGUCGAUGUUACAAUGCAUUGUUGGUUCGAAACAGCACUUCGAGGUGGUGUGUGUGGCGUUGGUGGAAUUCGCGCAGCCCAGGCGAAUAACAAGUAUAUGGGAGAGAAGUACGAUGAGACAAAGACCGACAGUUACAUUUCGUUCCUCGAUAUUAAUAACCUUUACGGAUCAGCAAUGUGUUCUGCUCUUCCUGAAAAAGACUACAAGUGGUUAACUGAAUAUGAGCUGAGCAGAGUACGGGCCAAUCCAAACGCCUUCGUAAAUUCUCUGCAAGACGAUGCAGAGACUGGUUACUUCUUCGAAGUGAAUCUUGAGAUACCGCCAGAGAUUCAUAACAAGCUAAACGACUACCCGCCAGCCCCAACCAAGAGAUGUGUGAAUAAGGACGAACUGGCCCCACAUCAGCAUCAGCAGAUGCAAGAUUUCCAAGUACCUGAAUCUAUGUUCAAGAACGCAAAACUUGUAGCUGACCUGCUGCCCAAACAGCACUAUGUGACACACUAUCGUAACUUGAAGAUGUACAUCAAGUUUGGACUUGUCAUUACGCAAGUUCAUCGUGCGGUCAAGUUUACGCAGAGGGCUUGGAUGAAACCGUUUAUUUUGUCCAACACGGAAAUGAGGAAGAAGGCAAUCACAGACUUUGAAAAAGACUUUUUCAAGUUGCUUAACAAUUCUUCAUUCGGAAAAACAAUAGAACAGAAAAGAAAACGAACGUCAAUUUCCCUCGUCACCACAGAAAGGCAGCUCAGGAAGAUUGUCAACAAACCCACUUAUCAGCGAAUAAUUAGCAUUAACGAUAAAGUGCAUCUGGGUGUGAAGAAAGUGACUCAAGUGCUGUUGGAUAAACCAGUUGCUGUUGGAAUCUCUAUUCUAGAAAUUUCAAAGUGUUUCAUGUAUGAGUUCCACUAUGAUUACAUGAAGGAAAAGUACGGCGACAAGGCCAGAGUUCUCUACGGUGACACGGAUUCCUUAGUCUACCACGUGGAAACUCAGGAUUUUUACCAAGACAUGGUGGAGAACAAGGAACGUUUUGAUUUGAGCGACUAUGCUGGAAUGCAUUCUCACUUAAAUAAUCAAGAAAACAAGAAGCGCCUCGGCAAGAUGAAGGAUGAAAUGCCCAAAAGUGUAAUCUUUCGAUUUGCGGCAUCAAAACCAAAAAUGUACGGAGCUCAAGCACUUUCAAUUGAAGACGGAAAGAUGACCAUAUAUACCAAAAAAGUGGCCAAGGGGAUCAAGAAAGCCGCAAUCGCCAAUCAAAUCACGUUUGACCAAUAUUGGAAAGUAUUGGACGAAAAUAUUCAAACCAGUGUGGUGAUUAAAUCAAUUCUAAGCCGGAAACAUGUGCUUCGAACGAGUGCAGCUAUAAAGAAGGGUCUAAAUGGCUUUGAUACGAAACGUUGUGUCAUUGAUCAUUUGACUACGUUAGCACACGGACAUAAAGAUAUUCCCUUGUAUGUAUGA